GUUUAAUAUUUGUUCAACUAUGAGAUUGCAAAAUAUAUAUAUAGAAAUGGCAACUAUAAAAUGUACAUGUACAUCACUCCUACUUAUUUAAACUGUACGGCAUAUUAAGUGGAUGUCCAUGUUUAUACUUUUGUCUAUUAGCUAGAUAAUUUUCCACUCCUGGAUCGUCUCGUUGUUAGAUAAAAUUAUGUGUAUCGCUUACUGAGUGGAUGUCCAAUCUUGUAUGCAUGUCUGCCAAUUGGAUAGCUUUCUGCAUCAGGAUAGUCUCUCAAGUCUACGUUUGUGUGUGCGUAAUCACCCUUCACAUAGGGGUUGUGUUCAGGCCAAAGAAUCUUGAAAAUAUCCCUAUGACUCCUUGUAAUGGGUUUUAUUUCUUCAACUUCUACAUGGGCAAUCGAUGCAUAUGGAAGCUCGGACAUCAUAUAAAUUUUCUUAUCACAUACAUAAUAAAAUGAACUUGCCAGAAUAAUCGAUGUCCUUCAUCUUGAUUUUAUCUCCUUCUAUCACCACAUAGUUCGGUAAGUAUAAUGGCCAAUCCCCUCCUGGCCAUAUUGGUGGUUUCUGUCUAAUAUGCUCUUGAAUAUCUUCUUCCUUUUCAAUCUUCAUAUAUUUAAAUCGUGCAUUAUGAACAUUCAAUUAUUCAUCGUGGAAAUGGAAGAUCCUUAACAUCUUGUACUAUCGUUCUCCUACAAUUCAUCAUAGAAGGUGGUAAAAUGGUAGUAUAUAAAUACAAUUACAUUCUGGUCAAGAUAAUUCACACCUAUAUAUGUUGGUAUGUUUGUGUUUCAUAGCAAUAUCUAAAUAUUUAUGGCGCAUUGAGAGGAUGUCCAAUUUUAUAUUUUUGAAUGCCAAUCGGAUAGCUUUCUGCAUCAGGAUAGUCUCUCAAAUCCACAUUUAUAUGUGCGUAAUCACCCUUCACAUAGGGAUUCUGAUCAGGACGUAUAAUCUUGAAAACAUCCCCAUGGCUUCUUGGAAUGGGUUUUAUUUCUGUAACUUCUUCAUGGGCAACGGAUGCAUAUGGAAGCUCGGACAUCAUAUAAAUUUUCUUAUCACAUACAUAAUAAAAUGAACUUGCCAGAAUAAUCGAUGUCCUUCAUCUUGAUUUUAUCUCCUUCUAUCACCACAUAGUUCGGUAAGUAUAAUGGCCAAUCCCCUCCUGGCCAUAUUGGUGGUUUCUGUUUAAUAUACUCUUGAAUAUCUUUUUCAUUUUCAAUCUUCAUAUAUCGAAAGCGUGAGUUCUGAACAUUCAAUUGUUCAUCGUGCAAAUGGAAGAUCCUUAACAUCGUUUACUAUCGCUCU